GUUAUGGUGUUGGUAUUAGCCUUUAACAUGCAUGUAAAACAACAUGCAUGUUCAUGAUCUCGUAUCUGUUGAACUUAAGGUCAGAACUGCACUAAAUAUAUUUUACUUGGGUCCGGUGUUGGUAUUAGCCUUUAACAUGCAUGAAAAAGAACAUGCAUGUUCAUGAUCUCUUAUCUGUUGAACUUAAGGUCUGAACUGUGCUAAAUAUAUUUUAAUUGGGUCCUACAAUUAGCAUCUUUAGGUUUCGUCUCAUAUUGAAGAAAAAAAUAACAUGUUAAGAAGUGAUUGUUUCAAUGCCCUUUUUUUUCCCGGACUUGCAACUGCAUUUUCAGAUUUUGAUUCUAGUUAAUGAAAUUAUCCAUUCGUCAAAAGGUUUUCACAUAUCGCUUCUAGAAAUUUGGCUAUUCGCUGGCAAUACGGGUAACAUUUUAAUCAUGCACAAGAAUGGUCUAAAAAUUCACGAGUGCUUUAAAGUUUCAUAAUGGUUGUAUCUGGGAUGUACUAAUUUAUGGGUAGCUGGAGUCACUUUUUGUAUACUAGUUCAUGCCUUGUAUUUCCAAUGAUGACAUCAAAGAAGACGCUAGGUAUUAUGAAAUGCAUUAGCUGGUGCAUUUUUGGUCAGCAGCCAGUUAGAAAAUGCAUAACCAUGGAUGUCAGGUGCAUCGACAUAUGUUUCAUGCACCAUUGAGGUUUGUGUUAUUUUAUGCUCAUGCUUGAUGUCUUUUUUUGGAGUUAACGACUUAAAGGACUCCCAAGUUAAAAUCAUAAAAGAGCUUCCACGUUCAGGAGUAAUGAAUGUCCAAGAACAGCAGCCUAUGUUCCUUAUGGUCAAGUUUUAGUUUGGUACAACACAACAAUCUCCCACUAACUGCAUUGAUCAUCUAUAGAUGCUAAAAUGAGUCCCAUUAUUGUCCAUUCGUACAAUGCGCAUAAUUUGGUAAGCGCUCAUUUGGCACCACUAGGAUAUACGGGGAGGCCAAAUACCCAUCUAUGAUUUGUCCCUUCUUUCCAUGGCCAAGAUCACAAAAUCACAUGUCCAAUCUAUCCAACUCUACUAACUGAUUAAAGAAAAUUAAAAAAUUCUAUUUAUCUGUACUAAAUCUCCCCUCAUCUAUGGCAGCCUCUUGGACUGACCGUCACAUGACAUUCAUAGCAUUGAGAGAUUUUGUUUGUACUGUGCUCUUUUUUUCUUGCUAUUGAAACUUAAACUUAGCCUCCCAAUUUUGACUCCGUAACUAUCUCUCUGUAGGAUGCAUUUCCAAUAUUCAACUAAUGCUGUCCAUCGUGAAGUCUCAUGAUUCAGCCUAUUUUGAUUUAUAUAAAGAAAGAAGCGAGUAACCACAAAUGGACAUGUAAAGAGUAAUUCUCCGCUCUUCUUUCUCAACUAACCAAAAAGAAAAGACAAAACUGCUGCAAAUAUAAUAUACUAAUAAGAUAUUAUGCAAAACAAAUCAUGUGAUUUAAUGAAAUAACUGCUCUUUUAGAAAUAAAGAAAGAGAAGAUCACUGAAAGUAAGAACCCUUUUAAAGCAAGAUGUGCUGCUGCUGAUAUGUAUGGCUUUCUGUUUCGCAAUAUUUAUCUCCUAGUCUAGCAUAAUGUGGUGACUGAUAAACUGAUUAUACAAAUAGGAAUAACCAUGGUGGAAACUACUUGGGUAAGUUGUAAACCAAUUUUCAGUCAAGUCCUCUCAAAUGUUUACUAGGAGAGACACCUAAAGAGCUGUAUGGCUUCUCUCAGAUUUUCUUGUGUACCUUAGAAUUUUCAUUCUCUAUUUUUCUUAUUCACUCUUUGAGACGUGGGAAAGAUACUCACCAAGAAUUUAUCAUCUGAUGGUAUUUUAACAACUAUAAACAGAGAUGGUUGUCAUGCUAAAUGGGUAUCUGGCAAUGUGCAUUUCUGAAUUUUGGGUUUUAAUUUGUCAUUCCCCUGUCAUGUUUAUGAUUUGUGGUUAAGUUGCAUACUUAAUUUCCACCCACUGACCCACCUAAACAAUCAUAUUUCUUUAAGUGAAACCUCAUCCUUUUGAAAAUUAAUGUUUAUCAUUAAUUGAACACUGCAUAGUAAAAGUGCGCUUCAUGUGGAAUGAUGUUGUAUGUUCAUUCAGGAGCAUACUGUAGCACAUGGCCUAGUUAGUCUUGGUCCAAUUUGGUUGCUGACUUGGGGAAUUGUAUAUUGUGCUUGCUGGUGAGCAUGCUAUACAUUCCCUUGAGUUUUUUUUCAGUAUUACUCAAUUCAUGAAAAACCAAAAAAAUAAAAAUAAAAAAAUACCGAAGUCUUAAGUUUGAAUUGCUUUCGGGUCUGUUCUAUUUCCUGCCAAAAUUACAAUUUGGGCCUAUUUGGAAAUUUCCCACUCUCAAAUUGUCCCUUGCCCCGUUUGAUUUCCACAAUUUGCGCCCCUCUGGCUGCAAAACUCCAUCUUCAACAAAACAAGUCGGAGUUGUUUUGCUACAGUUUUCCUGUCACAUUUGUUGGGGUGGGCUUUCAAGGUAAGAAAGAGGUGUCAACUACCCUGCUGCAUCUCUAUCUACAAGAUGCGGAACUCCUGGUGCAUCUCUUUCUCUCUCUGUCAGUGUAAAAGCUGGGAUACAAGUGUUGGGCUAUGUUAAAUUAAAAUGUGAUUUCCUUUUCUUUAUUAUUUCUAACUUGUUUGUUCUGAUUGUUCUUUACAAUAAAGCUCUCGUUACUUCUUUUGCUUUCUUACAUGUAAUUAUUCAAUGUUUUACAUGCAUUGGGGUGUCAACCUUCAUACUUGACAAGUAUUUAGAAUUGACUUUAUAUAUAGAAACUAACUGGUCUUGAGAUAUAAAAGAUGCAUAUUUGUUUGUCUCCAUUUAUCUGGCAUUUGGUUCGAAAUGUGAUGCCAAAGUUUGUAGCAUGUCAUGAAAACAAUGUUGAAUUUCUUCCCUUUCAUCAAGGCAAGAUAUUUAUUUCAACAUGAUUGAAGGUGAUUUUCAUACUUUUUGAGGCAAAUCGUCCGUGGUAUAAGUAAGAAACUUAAAACUUGAGAUCCUUUACUUUAUACUUGAUUAUCAGAUAUUAUCCAUGAAUUGCAAUUCACAUGGUUCCUGUUUUUUACGGUUUGAUACUUGAGACUUGGCAAGAUGAGCUAGACUAACUUGUGUGCUGGUUAGAAAUAUAUUCAGGGGGGCAAGAGUUGAUGAAAUAGCUGGAAGUGAGUGACAUGGGUGAAUAGAUGAAAUUACAGCAAGAAAUUAAUUAGGAUACCAGUGGCCCUAAGCAGAAUUUUGAUCAGAGCUCAUCAUGCAUGAGCUCUGAUCAAAAUUAUGUGCUCAAGUAUUCAUAGAUCUAUUUGGCCUGCCGAAUUUAUGAGCUUUAUAUUCCAUAUAAUAAGGCAAAAAUAAAUUUUCAGAUUUUUAGGGUGUUGUAAAGGUUUGUGGCUUCAAAUGGCAUUUUCUGGUGGUGUUGAGGUUUAGUCUUAGUUUUUGAUGUGAAGGCCUAGGGGUGACAACGUGUUGGGUUCUAUUGGACCCGGACCUGGACCUAGACCUGAAUAGUAGUUAGGUCCAGAUUUUGGACCUGGAUCUGACCUUUUGGGUCCAAAAUUUGGACCCAUACCCCGGACUUGAGGUCGGGCCUACCCGUCGGGUCUCGGGUGUAGUUGGGUCCAUUGCCACUUAUGAUUGAGGGUUUUUUUUUUUGCUAUUUUUUUUUUUACCAUCAUAUACCCAUAUUAUUGGCAACGUUUAUAGUAUUGCACAACAUCUAUGAAUACCCACAUGUACUUGCAUUCUUUACCGUUUUAUGUAAUAAUUGGAAAUUCUUAAGAAACAAACAUAUUGGCAACAUUAUGAAUACCCUCAUAUACCCGUAUUAUUCAGGUUGGGUUUGGCUAGACUUGGACCCGAAUACUAAGUUUUGAACCUGGAUCCGAUCUUUUGGGUCUAAAAUUUGGACCCAUACUUGAAUUUGAGGUCGGGUCUACCCAUUGGGUCCCAGUUCUGGUCGGGUCCAUUGCCAUCCCUAAGUGAAGCUUUCCUUAGCUACCACUCCUCUUUUAGUUUUCAGUGAGCCACUUGAAUGAAAUAUAAAUCUUAGAAACAAGAAAUUAUGAAAUUCCAAUCAUAAAAAAAUCAAACUAUUCUUGAAUUAGUUUUUUUUUUCUUUUAAGGAACUUGUCCUAAUCCAUUUGAAAAUGACUCUUUAUAUUUAAUGAACUUUAAAAGCUCAAGUCAACUUACAAAUGCUUGCCCCUUAAGGCCAAGACUGCUUCAAAGAGUGCACCAUACACAGUGCAGACACUAACGUACAAGCAAAUCCAAACUCACCCACACGUUUAAAUUCGCCUUAUAAAUCUUCACCAACCAAAGAACCAAUUAACAACAUAUCAGAGAGAGAGAGAACCAACAUCUUUGCAAGAAGUCACCAAAGCCCAAAUGGCUGACAAAACAGCCUCAUCAUCUAGCACCAAGAAGGGUUCAGGCUCGGCGCCUGGGGUCAUGGAUCGGACCAUAGCAGGUGCGGUCAACAUAACUAGGCUCCUACCCACCGGCACGGUCUUAGCCUUUCAACUUCUCUCUCCUCUUUUCACCAACAAUGGUUAUUGCCACCCCAUCAACAAGUACUUUACUGGUGUCCUCCUCCUCUUUUGCAACUUCUCAUGUGGCUUUGUUUGCUUCACUGAUAGCUACACUGGCAAAGAUGGCAACACUUACUAUGGUGUUGCCACGCGAACCGGGCUUUGGACCUCAAGUUCGGAUCCGGACUCGAGCUCAUUAGACUUCUCAACUUAUAAGGUUGUGCUUGGUGAUUGGGUCCAUGCGGGGUUUUCAAUCCUUGUGUUUGCUGUCGUGGCCUUGCUAGAUCCCAACACUGUGAAUUGCUAUUAUCCUUCGAUGGGGACGGACCAAAAGGCGCUCCUGAUGGGCUUGCCCCCUGCUGUCGGGUUUCUAUCAUCAAUUGUUUUUGCUUUGUUUCCGAACCGUCGCCAUGGCGUUGGCUAUCCGGCGCAAAGCUCCACCACCUCUCAGUGAUCUCUCUCUCUUAUCCUAUGUUUUUAUUCCGAAACAGAGAGAAUAUUCUUGAAUAUUGCUCUCUCUAUUAUACGAUGUUACUAUGAGAACGAGAGAGAAUAGUAUUAUAUAUUGCUAAUUAAUUA